AUCUGUGCACCUCAUCCCCUCAACCCGCAACCUCCAGGCGAAAGAGCCAUCGCCAGGCAAGAAGCGAUGGCCUCUCUCUCCAUCCUCAUCCCCCUCUAUCCAUCUCUCUGCAUCCUCCUCUCCUCCUCCCUGAUGCUAUACCUCUACCGACGAAGCAUCCGCCAUGCUCUGGCUCGCUUCUCACGAACCUAUGCUAAUACAACUAUCUUUCGGAAGAACACGACCCAAAUACGAGGCCACUACACACAACUAGACCUCGACAAUAGAGAAGAGGAUCUAGAAAGUGGAUUUGAACCAGAAAACGAAUUAAAAACAACGUCAGACGACAACAACCAAAACCAAGAUCCCAGAACCAACCCCAAACCAAAAACAAGAAUCCAAUCCCCCCUAUCCGCCUACUUCAACGCUGACACCUCGCUCAUCCACCCGCAUCUGCUCUCGCCGACGGCCCCGCCAACGCCCGGCUGGGAACGGCAGCUUCGGCACCGAAUCGACGAGGGGCGCGGUCUGGGCGCCUGGCAGGAUCGGCUGGCGGAGAGGACGGUGCGAUGGCUAUUUACGUUCUCGCCUGAGUCUUCGCCCUCAACUUCUACGUCUACUUCUACUUCUCUGUGAGAAAACGACACAUUUCGAUCUAGUGUGCGAAUGGGCUCGAGAUGUCGGAGCGGUGUGACUGAACGAUACCGGGACAAGGCAAGGCAAGGCAGGGAUCAGGCUGGAGUCUACUGCGUAAGACAGGUAGGAGGCGCCACUUAUGACCAUCCUGGGGUAUAAUGGGCGCUCCUACCCCCUUCUCCCCGCUGGAUAGGUCAGAUUAUGGAUGAGG